AUGGCUCUUCUCUUGAUCUUCAGCGUUUGGAAUGCAAUUACCGUCGUUUGCGUCAUUGUUGGCUACUACGUUAGUUGGGUGAUCUACUCGCGCACACUGCAUCCACUUGCAAAAGUCCCUGGACCUGUCUGGCCAGCGGUAUCGCGGACAUGGCUUAUGUACCGGAUGUACCAAGGCGACUUGGAGACACAUAUGCGCGCAAUACACAAUAGGUUCGUGUUGUGUUGUUGUGAGCACUGGAAAUACGGCUCGAUAGUGCGUACAACUCCAGACGAAGUUCAUGUGAGCGACCCAAAGGCCAUUCCCAUCAUCUAUCCUACCCAGCAACCUCUCAAGAAAACGGACUGGUACCUGAUAUAUAGACCGGUUACUCUUGGUCCUGGUCCAGAUCUAUUUACCGAUGAUGAUGCGAAGCACCACGCAGCUCACCGGCGAAUCGUGGGUUCAGUAUAUACGCUAAGCAGCAUGUUGAAAAAUGAGCGCGCUUUGGACGACUUGGUGAAGCUAUUUGGGGACAAGCUUGGCGGCUUGGCGGAUUGUCAAGAUGCAUUUGACUUUGGGCUAUGGCCGGAAAUGUUCUCGUUCGACGGUGUAGGUGCUGUAUUCUUCGGCUCACCGUUUGGCUUUCUAGAAACUAGUUCUGACUACGGUAACUACAUCGCCGCGGUACACACCGCCAUGCCACUAAACUCUGUCGUCGCUAUGGCGCCCUUGUGGAUUCGCAGAUAUCUACUCCAGGUAGGCGUUAUGAUCCCAAAGGUUCUCAAAGCGAUUAUUGCAACAGACGGCAUCCGACAAACUGCUGUCCGAAAGACGGGUGUUGCGCAAGAACGAACAUCGAAUGCGAACGCAAACCGCACUGACGUUCUGUCUCAAUUACUGUCUAUCAUGCGAGAGAAGAACGACUGCCUCACCAUUAAAGAGAUCCAUGUGGAGAUGUGGGCUGCUGUUAUCGCUGGUUCCGACAGUACCUCCGGUGCGCUUCACGGCACAAUCACCCAUCCUGUGCAAUACAACCAGGCUACUAAGAUACCAUACCUCAGAGCUGUGAUACAGGAGUCACUAAGGCUGUGUCCACCUUUUGCUCUCUUAGGUCAUCAUAUUCCUACUGCCUUCAAGGCCAAGGUCGGUAUGAAUGCAAUGGUCACACAAUUUGAUGAAACUGUCUUCGGCAAAGACGCGCGAGAGUUUCGUCCAGAACGAUGGCUUGAGAGCGAGGAGCGAUUUAGGCUCAUGGAAAAAUCGAUGCUUGUAUUUGGCGCAGGCACCAGAACCUGCAUCGGCAGGCAUCUCUCAAAUGCUGAGAUGUAUAAGUUGAUACCACACAUACUUCGUCAUUUUACUGUAGAGAUGGCACACGAUGGGCCGUGGAAGACGCAUAAUGCGACGUUCUUGCUUCAGAGCAACGUGAUUUGCAAGGUCAAACGGAGAUCAGUUGAGAACAGACCUUUGUAG